AAGUUAUCAAAGUGAUUGGAGUGCCUAAGGUUUGGUAAAAGCAAAUCUGAGAAAAGAGACAAUGAAUAACGCAUUACGGUUAUGUGCAGUGUGUAUCCUCUGGACACUUUCUGCAAAAGCUCAGACUGAUUUAACCAGAGUCGCAGAUAGUUAUGGACCUUUGGUUGUUGAAACAACAGUCAAACUACUCCGUGAUGCAUGUUUAAUUAAUGACCACUUAUUUCUUCGACGAAUUGCCUCUUUUGAGACUAAUGAUGGCCUUGCUAUUCUGCCGGGGGACCACGGUGGUAUCUGGAAGGUGGAUGAGGAAAUGUUUAACUAUACCCAGUCGGGAACGCCCAAUUUGCAAAACAUUUACAAAGAGGUGUUCAGAACCCUGUUUGUGGUAUGGAAAGGAAUAACAUGGAAAGAAUUGAAUAAACCCUUAUAUUCCGGACUUGCUGCUGCAAUUUAUCUCAGAGCAAAAACCAACGAAACUAUGCCCCUUUCAAAACCAGACCAAGCAAAAUUUUGGAAGAAGUACUUUCGAACAAAUGGAAACGAACAAGCUUUUCUAACAGCAAUGCAGGCAAUGCCUGAAGGUUGCAGCGUCCCUACACAAGUAGAUCUUACCUUCAUUGUUGAGACGUCUACUAAUGUUAAAUCCGCAGAGCUGAGACAGACAAAAGACUUCAUCAACAGGAUCGUAAACGGUUUAGUUGUUUCUAGUUCGAAGGUUCAACUUGCUAUGGUUACAUAUGGAAGUCAGGCAAACAUUUUAUUUCAUUUGAAUGCCUACUCAAACAAAAUAGACGUGGUUUCUAACAUUGAUUCCAUGCCUUUGAGCGGGGGAUUGGUUGCUACAAAUAAAGCCUUAAAACUAACGAGAGAAGAAGUAUUCGUGGCCAAAAAUGGUGCCAGAGCUGGUGCUGCACAAGUAGCGAUCCUCAUUACCAAAAGUCCGCCAGACAACAAGACGGAAACCGAAAUCGAGUCCUCUAUCCUAACCGGAAGUGAUGUAACGCUAUUCACCAUCGCAAUUGGUUCAGCCCUUAAUUCAAAUGAUCUGGUUAACAUCAGCAGCCAACCUAACUGUGUUCAUUAUACUCACAUAGACAAUUUCUUGGAUUUGCAAGACUUUGCUGCUGAAAUGGAUGAAGUUAUAUGUCGAGCGCCAGUCAAAUUGUCAAAUGGAAGAUUUACCCAUCCAUGCAAUGUGGAUGCCUUACUUUCCAUACCUGACAAUCCUUACGGUACCACGAUUAAGAUUUCAGUUGGCUCUGGAUCAAGGACAGUUUAUACUUCGUACAUGUUUGGACUACCGAACACGGCUAAGAAUGACCUAGCCUCCACAGUAGAUAACCUCAGUCCUCUGACCUUGUAUCUCCAUGACAACAACCCCAGUUACUACAUCAGUCUGAAAAGUGUUCUAGGAUUGAAUUGUAUGGAUAACUAUACAGUUGAUGUUCAUGUGGGACCACCGAGCUCAGUAUCGCCUGGAACUUUUUGCGUAGAGCGAGGGAUCAAAACAGAUUGUUCUAAUGUAACAAUGAACUCAACACCAGCGACAUCCGCAACCCCAGCUACCUCUGCAACCCCAGCAACCUCCACAAUAUCAGUACCUGCAACAGCAGCAGUACCUUCCACACCUGUUGUAACCACAGCAAGUACAUAUCAGACGACCCCGAAUAUUUGUGUCGGGAACAUAAAAGUCGCCCAACACCCCAAUGACCCAACCAAAUUCCUGAUGUGUGAUAUUAAAGGCCAGCUUCUUACAGUUCAGUGUCCACAUAAGGAGAUAUUUUGCGCUGCCACAAAUCUCUGCGAGGCACAUUGCCCUACGACAACUACAAUCAGCCAAUCAGCAACAACUCCUAUUGUGCCGUCUACGUCAUUGGUACCAGCUACAAACUCCACAACGCCCAGGAAACCUAUCAUCAUAAUAGUUUUUACCACUGGUCCCCCGGUGAUCGUGGGUUCGAGAACAGCACCCGCAGCCUCCGCGACAACCACUAUUCCCGCCCCAAAGACGACUUUUACGAGUACACCUGUUGGAACAACACAACGCAUUCCCACUACCACAACAUUACAAAAGGUUAUAUCAACGAAUACUGCAUCAACAACAACUCAUCGAGCAACAACAAAUCAAAACUGUCACCAAAACCCAUGCACAGUACAUGCUUUCAUGAAUAGCAUUUUGUAUUUCCCCGCAUGUGAUGAACACGAAUAUUAUCAAUGUUUGGGAAUAAAUUCUAAGAAAACAGUACGAUGUCCAUCAGACAAAAUUUUCAAUCCUGAUAUAUUGAAUUGUGUGAAUGAAUUCGUUUUUAACGAAGAAACUCAAACUUUUGAUAAAACUAUUCCAAAUCCAUGCAAAAAUACACGAGGAGAUAGAUAUUUUGUUCAUCCUACUGACAAGUCCAAAUUCAUUCACUGUGACGGGUUUUGGAAUGGCUUUAUGAGAACAUGCCCAUCUGGUGAAAUAUUUCAUGAAAUGGCACAGUCCUGUAUAAUGAUUAUUAGCUCAGCUUUUGGAAAAUAAAAGAUUCCAUUGAGGGGAUUUUUGC